AUGAUUUGGAUUGGAAGAAACUCAUUGGACAUUGGACUUUGCACAGAUGGCGCACCUGCAAUGAUAGGUGUACGAUCGGGCUUAGCUAAAAAGCUCAAAAAAAAUCCACUAAUGACUUUGGACUCGGCUAUAAGGAUUGUAAACUACAUCAAGAGCAGCGCUUUGAACAGUCGGUUAUUUUAUUUUUGCGUGGAUCUCGAUUCUGAUCACAAAGUUCUUGUGUUCCAUACAGAAAUACGCUGGCUAUCCAAAGGCAACAUGUUGGCUCGCCUUUAUGAAUUGAAAGAAGAUGUAAUUCUUUUUCUUGAGUUCAGAGAAAAACACGAUUUCUUGACAAUGUUCAAAGAUGACACAUUUCAGUGGAGGUUGGCUUAUUUAACUGACAUAUUUGACUCCUUGAAUGAGCUAAACUUGAAACAUCAGGGCAGAAACAACACUAUAUAUAAUAAGCAAUUAUGA